AAGUUUCCCGAUAUAGAUGCGCCUACCCGUAUACGCAUACGCAAACGCAUACGUAUAACUACCUAACAUAAUCACAACCAUGUCGUUCUUAUUUUCGAGGGGCAGAACCAGGACUAACGCUCUGGAUCUUCCCAAGCAAGCUAGAGACCAUGUUCUCAAACUUGACGCCCCUGGCAAAGCCGAAGAGCUUGCCAAGGUGCUCAGUCAGAUGAAGCUUAUACUUCAAGGAACGCCAGACGUAGAUAGUACCCCAGAGCAAGUAUACCAGCUGGUUACAGGUCUGAUAGAAGAGGACCUUCUCCUCCUGUUAGCUCAAACCCUACACCGCCUCCCCUUCGAGUCUCGAAAAGACACCCAAGUUAUAUUCUCAUACGUCUUUCGGUUCCGACCCCCCACGGCGUCGCCAAAGACAGAUCCAGUCGCAUUGAGCUACGUAGUGAAUAAUAAACCUCAAAUCCUAUUAGAGCUGUGUCGAGGUUACGACCACAAGGAGAGCGCAACGCCCGCGGGUUCUGUACUUCGUGAGGUUCUUAAGAACGAGGCAGCCGCCGCCAUUAUAUUAUACGACGAUGGGGAAGAGCCCGGUUCUAGUUUGAAGGGUGUGACGGCAAUUGAUAGGGAACGGCCACAGAGCGGCAACGGAGUCUUUUGGCGAUUCUUCGAUUGGAUCGAUAAGAGCUCGUUUGAGGUUGCUGCUGACGCCUUCACAACAUUCAGAGAACUCCUGACAAAACAUAAAGAGCUUGUGCCGCGUUACCUCUCGAUAAACUUUGAGCUCUUCUUCGACAAGUACAACAACAUCCUAGUACAGUCGAACAGCUACGUGACGAAACGGCAGUCGAUCAAGUUGCUCGGUGAGAUAUUACUCGACCGGUCCAACUACAACGUCAUGACCGCGUACGUCGACCGCGGGGAGCACCUCAAGAUUUGCAUGAACCUGCUACGCAGCGACCGCAAGAUGGUGCAGUACGAGGGCUUCCACGUCUUCAAGGUCUUCGUGGCCAACCCCCACAAGUCCAUCGCCGUGCAGAAGAUCCUGCUCAUGAACCGCGAGAAGCUCCUCAACUUCCUCUCCCAUUUCCUCGAGGACCGCACCGACGACGAACAGUUCAUCGACGAGCGCGAGUUCCUCAUCAAGCAGAUCAGGAAUAUGCCCCCGAACCCCGUUCCCCCGACCCGCCAGCUAGCGGUUUAGGGGUACUACUGACGGAAUCAGGGUCCGGUCCAGACCCAGGUGUUACGUGUAUCCAUAAGUAGCUUCAACCACGGUUCGAUUUUUUUUCUCUCGCUUUAGCAGCAAGGACUCUUAGAUAUCAGGCUUGAACAGUAGAAGUACCAAGCAGCCGUCAUUGGCAAUCAUUGUGUGCAUGUAGUUAGGCGUUUGGGUUAUAGCCGGACAAACGAAAGUACAAAACAAGGAGAAAUCGCAAUGAAACAUUAAAAUAUUGACAC